CGGUUUUGCCAUUUAAAUGGUCAAGAACCGGCCGGACCUGAGUCGCGACGGUCGCGUUUUCCUCAACGGUGUGAUUCCCCGCGAUGAACUGCUACUAUUUUAGUUUUUGUGUAGCUCUGUGCUUCGAAUUCAUCAGUGGACAGAACCAAUGUCGAACACCAAAAGGAGGCGCAGGGACGUGCGUGCUGUUAGACAAAUGCCAGCCGCUAAAAGACAUAGACCAGAACAACGCAAAAACUGAAGAGGAUCUGGUUUUCUUGAGACAAGCAUCCUGCGGAAUUAGCUACAACUUUAAACCAAAGGUGUGCUGCCCACCUUCAUCAGAAUGGUCCUCGUUUUCGCGGCCGGCGCCCGUAGACUUCCCACACCGUAAGCCAUCGCGACCAACCCCCGACAAGGGCGACGACGUGUCAGACGCCGAUAGGGAAUACCCCGAGUCGUCUGAUUGCCCGUCUACCCUGCAGCCACCGCCGCCGGAGACCGGCUGCUGUGGCAUUGAGACCAUUGGCGGUGAUAGGAUUGUUGGCGGUGAGAUAGCAACAGUUGAGCAGUAUCCGUGGUUAGUUUUGCUCGAAUACGCCGGAGGUUACACAUCGUGUGGAGGUAGUCUUAUAAGCUCUAGAUACGUCCUCACGGCCGCGCAUUGCAUUGGGGCUACACGAUAUGGAGAAGCAAAGAGAGUCCGACUCGGUGAAUACAACACGACUUCCUUUCCCACUGACACAGUUGAAGUGUACGGUGGGGGUUUUGAAAUCCUUGAGGUGAUCCUGAUCAGCAUCGAACGUCAGAUAGCACACCCUGAAUAUAAGGGUCGGUUUCAAGGCGGACCACAUGAUAUCGGACUCGUCAAAUUAAGCAAAAAUGCUCCUUAUACAGAUUUUAUCCGUCCAAUUUGCCUUCCCUCCAAGGACGCAACCGAGACAGCAAGCGAGACCCUUCGUUUCUUAACAGCCGGCUGGGGUUCCAACGGGACAGUUUUCUCCGACGUCAAACAGCAUAUAUCACUCCCCUAUGUUCCACCGAACAUCUGCCAGAUCCCGUACAAGCUUCGGCUUCACAAUAAUCAACUAUGUGCCGGUGGUGAGGAAGGUCGAGACUCGUGUAAAGGGGAUUCUGGAGGACCUUUGAUGAUACAAUAUGGAGACAGCUUUGAGCUAGUCGGUGUGGUCAGUUACGGUCAUAAUGAUUGCGGAACUAAAGACGUUCCAGGUGUUUACACUCAUGUAUACAAAUAUUUAGAUUGGAUUAAGAAAGAAAUGAUUUAAAUAAUAUAGUAGAAGGUCUAUCCGCUUAACCCGUAGCUAAAUUUCUAAACGGCCGUGGCAGAAUAACUAUGUACCUAUUGUUUAUUAUUAUAUCUAUUAUAAGAUGUGACCUAUUAUAUCUAUUAUAAGAUAUUGAGGCACGGAAUGUUCCAUGUCCUGCCACGGUAUGGCUAUGGUGAAUAUUUUUAAUUUAUUUAAUUAUUUUGACACGUAUAAUUAAACGCAGCGAUUAUUGUAUGACAAUAACACGGCCGCUCCAUUUUCCACGUCAGCAUUUUUAUCUUCGACGUAGUUGGUCUUCACUAAAUAAGAAUAGCAAAGUACUCACCUCGUGCAUUAGUUGCUGCAUCUGCGAUUUUCUGAAAUGCGUCCAGAAACGCAGAUAUUGCCACCAACGCAGAUCUGAAAAUAAAUUCGUUAAUUAAACAUG